AUGACAUCGCGUACACUCACCGAACACUGCAAUUUUGGUACUUUGAGAGAUGAAAUGAUUCGAGACAGGAUUUUGAUAGGCUUUAUAGACGCGAAAUUGUCAGAGAAACUUCAGCUCGACCAAGAGUUGACACAGCCAAAAGCAAUCAAACAGGCGCAGCAAAGGAAAGCCGUCAAAAUACAACAAACCCUCAUGCGGAGUGACUUCAAGGAAACCACAGGAAUAAAGAAUGAGGUCGAUUUGUCCUCGCAAACUGUCGGCGAAAGCAAAGAAGAUUAUGCCUUUCUUGGGACAAUCGGGAUCGAGAGGAACAAAGACACUUGUUCUGUAGACCUCACUCUAAAUAACUCUCCUGUCCACUUUAAAAUUGACACCCGAGCUGACGUCACUGUCAUCCCCAAGAGCGUUUGCAAAAAGCUAAAACCAAACCCAGCCCUCAUUCAAUCCAGCAAGACCCUGUUUGACCCGGCCCACACAACUCUUCCCAUUCUUGGCUACUUUAUGGGAGUAAUCAAGAGAGUAGAAGAAUCUUUAUCGCGGGAAAUAUUUGUGGUGACUGGAGCCCGCUUAGCUCUCCUCGGCCGUCCAGCUAUAGUAGGGCUAAGAAUUGUCCAAAAGGUCAAUGCAAUAGAAGCAGAAGAAGUUAAAGAAAAACUUCCAAAUCUCUUUAAAGGUUUAGGAAAACUUGAUGGCCCUGAUUACCUAGUCGAGCUCAAAUCUGAUGAAAACCCACACGUAAUUAGUACACCAAGGAGAGUACAUGUUCCCCGUCUUUCGAAAGUCGAGGAAGAACCGUUUAGGAUGGAACAAAUGCAAAUCAUUUCUAAAGUGGAUGAGCCAACGGAAUGGUGCGCCGGGAUGGUUGUGGUCCCAAAAGCUGAUGGCAAAGUUCGAAUAUGCGUAGAUCUAACCAAGCUCAACGAAAGCAUCCUAAGGGAGUAUCAUCCUCUACCCAACAUCGACCACACCUUAGCCCAACUGGCUGGAGCGACCAUCUUCAGUAAACUUGAUGCCUUAUCUCCAGAGUCAGCUAAACUAACCACUUUCAUCACGCCUUUCGGCAGGUUUUGUUUUAAUCGCCUACCAUUUGGAAUCAGUUCAGCCCCUGAACAUUUCCAGAAACGAAUCUCGCAGGUUCUUGAAGAAACUGAUGGUGCUCUUUGUCUGAUGGGCGAUAUCCUUGUGUACGGCAGUUCAGUGGAAGACCACGAUGAACAUCUAGAAGCAACCCUGCAUAACCUACAGGAGGCUAACCUUAAAUGA